AUGGAGGUGUUAUUCCGAGCACCCACUGGCCGCGGACAUGCCCAGCUGUCCAUCCUCCCAUCGGCCACCUUCCUGCCCAACACCUGUGUGCACAGCGUGCUCCAACAGUUCACCUGCUCCUCCACCCACACUGUCCCACCCCUCAGCGAAGCCGCAUGCCCCCUGGGCCUGGCUCUCAGGAAGCGCCAGUUGGACGGCACUCCGCCCCCCAUCUCGCAAUGGCAGAGCCGCGGACGCGCGCGGGGAGACAAGAGCAGGCGGCGGCGAGCAGGGCGCGGGGCUAUACGCGGCCGCCUGUGGCUGGGCCUGGCGUGGCUACUGCUGGCACGGGCGCCCGGCGCCGCGGGGACCCCGAACAGUCCGCGGAGACCGCGCAGCUACACGCAUCUGGAGGGCGACGUGCGCUGGCGGCGCCUCUUCUCCACCCACUUCUUCCUGUGUGUGGAUCCCAGCGGCCGCGUGCAGGGCACCCGCUGGCGCGACAGCCCUGACAGCGUCUUCUUCGAGUUGCGCCCUAUCCGCGUGAGCGUCGUGGCGCUGAAGGCCAUGAACACCGGCUUUUACGUGGCCAUGAACCGCCGCGGCCGCCUCUCCUGGUCGCGGGUCUGCGCUAGGUUCCGGGAGCGCAUCGAGGAGAACGGCUACGACACCUACGCGUCCGUGCGCUGGCGCCACCGCGGCCGGCCCAUGUUCCUGGCGUUGGACGCAGGGUUGGGGGGGCGGGGGGGUGGCGCGGGGGCCCGGAGGCGCGGGGUCCGCACGCAGCGACACCACCCGCCCACGCACUCCCUGCCCGUCCUGGUCUCCUGA